CUCCCGUCCAGCAGCAUCUCCUCGGUCUCUACGUCGACGACAGCUACCUCUCCCGCCCCCUCCCAAUCCUCCCAGCCGUCCCAAUCCUCUGCUGCAUCAUACUUCCAAAAGGCAUAUCGCGAGGCGCGCCACUUCGCAGGUGGUCUAAUUGAACACCCCACGGAGAGCACCAAGCACUUCACGAUCCUGCGCCACUCCCACGGCUUGGUCUUCUACCAAGGGACGAGUACCUCCAUUGCGAUAUCAAUCUUCGCAGAUGCGCCACUACCGCCUGACCGGACGCUAUGGCUGCAAAGCAAGGGCUGGACGGGGAAGACAGGAAUGCGCGUGAAAGCCCUGAUGGGACAAAAUGGUGAUUGGUUGAACGUCACACCUACAAUGGCUGUCGGAUCCCAGCAGUUGAAUCCGAGUGACGAGCGGGCAUGGCAAAGGGAUAUCAAGGCGUUUUACAAGAAAGCGCACUCCAAUGUACGAGAUCAUAAGUUGCGGGAGACUGCCGUGGUGCGUAUUCCGGCCGAGGCAGGGGAUGGGUAUUUCCAGAUUGUCCUCUGUGUAGGAAGCAAGAAGAAAGUGCUCUGUCCCAGCCCCGUCUUCCGCGUCUUCUCGACAUCCAGCGACCCCAGCUCCAUCCGAGGGGCAAGCCUGAGUACUCUACCGCUGGAGCUAGGGGCAAUGGUGCUGAGCACGGGGGUGCAAAACACGGUGGGGGCUUACAUCGCGCCCGUGACCGAGGUAGUGCAGACCUCGGUGGAGAAAUACAUGCCAUCUUGGUGGACUCAACAGGCGGCUAUUGCAGCUGUUGGUGUGAGUGGUGUCGGGGACAAGCUCAGCACGACGCUUGAAGACGCAAACAACGAAUAUGACCAGAAGGCCGGCAUGAGCCUCGCGGGGGCUAGCAGCGAGGGGCUCUCGCCUGAAGGGGGGCCACAACCACCGUACCCAAUCCGCUUCGGCGGCCGCAGCCAACCCAACCAGACAAGCAACGAGAUCACUCAAUCCCAUCUUCUCGCCUUCACCCUGUCCAACGUCGACGACGCCAUCAUCCAGAAGCUCUACGGCUACUACUUCGGCUGGGUCCGCGUCCUCGACAAGUUCUCCACGGACCCGAGCACCAAUCACUGGUACCAAUCCGUCAUCUCCUGCACCCUCAUCGACGCCUCCCAACUCACGCGCGUCAACCUCGCCCAAGCCAACAAACGCACCAUCACCCUCCGCCUGCUGCACGGGCUCUCCAGCCCUCCCCCCGAGCGCACCCCCAUCGACGUCCUCAUCAUGGGCUUCAUCCGGCCCGACGAGCCCGCGCAACGCGCCGGUCUCGCGCGCGGGCUCCAAGCCGGCGACCAAGCCGCCAUCGAAGCCGCCCACCUCUCGGAAUCCAACGACGUCGCACUCCUCCGCACCUUCCUGGACCAUCCCGCCUGGGCUCCCGAGCUCCCGCCGCCGCAGGCGGCGGAAGAGACGCGCAAGCUGGACAAGGCGAAGAUGGGAUAUGCGAACACGCGCUUGGCGGUGCAGAAGAAGAUUGACAAGGUGCCGCUGCAUAAGAUGGGCAUUAGGACGCAGAGCGAUCUGUCGAAGGAGAAGACGGUCGUAACGAGUGGGUUUUAUGUUGUGCGG